AUGGCUAGAGAGACUAGCAACAUGAAAAACAAAUCUAGUCUUCGCCAUGACAAGUCCAAGAUUCCAAGAUAUCGCGACCCUGAUACAUCCUAUGGAAGCUUUUUAGUUUACAAGAGGCCUCAUUUUGAAGAGUUCAUGAAAUUUUGCUUUGAAAGAUUCGAAGUUGGAAUAUGGUCUUCUGCAAGGGAAUGGCAUCUGAACAACACCUUGGACUGUAUAAUGAGAGGAAUGAAAAACAAGCUUGCAGUUGCCUGGGACCAAGAUAAAUGCACUAAUUCUGGGUUUAAGACUUUGGAGAAGAAGGACAAGCCGAUCUAUUUGAAGGAGUUGAAGAAACUAGGGAGUCUCGGUUUUGAACAUUCAUCAGAAGUUUUGCUGAUAGAUGACAGGCCAUAUAAGACCUUGCUAAACCCACCCCAUACAGCAAUAUUUCUUAAUGAAUACAAUGUUGACCAAGUUAAUGAUACAGCUUUAGGUCCAAAUAGUGAACUGCGGCUGUACUUGGAUGGACUCGCGGAAGCAGAAGAUGUUCCUUCUUAUUUGAAAGAAUAUCCAUUCGGGCAGCCUGCAAUAACUCCAGAGCAUUCUGAUUGGGAGUACUAUUCCAGGAUUAUCCGCCGUCUGAAGGAGGAAUGAUCGACUGAAUAACGGAAUUAUGAAAUAAAAUUCAGAGACAUUCAAAAUGCUCUAUCUGGGUAUAGGAAUGAAAGUUGUUUUUAUGUUUAAGUGAGCUGUCUGCUAGUGUAAUUGAUCAUGUAAUGGCUUCCUCUAGUUAUGU